GGGGGUCAGCAUGGUGCAGCACGUGGCUGUUAUUGGGGCUGGGGUGGGUGGCUUGGCCUCCAUCAAGUGCUGUCUGGAGGAAGGGCUGGAGCCCACCUGCUUUGAGAGGAGCGAGGACAUCGGGGGACUCUGGCGCUACACGGACUCUGUGGAGAGUGAGAGGGUCAGUGUGUACAGCUCAGUCAUCACCAACACCUCCAAGGAGAUGUCCUGCUUCAGCGACUUCCCCUUCCCAGAGGAUUUUCCCAAUUACCUCCCCCACAGCCUCCUCCUGGAGUAUUUUCGGAUGUAUGCCCAGCACUUUGACCUCCUAAGGCACAUACGCUUCAAGACAACAGUUCUCAGUGUGAGGAAGCAGCCAGAUUUUGCCACCUCAGGCCAGUGGGAGGUGGUCACCAAGGCUGAUGGUGUCCAGGAGUCACACGUCUUCGAUGCUGUCAUGGUUUGCACUGGUCAUUACCAGGAGCCCUACUUACCCCUGGCUUCUUUCCCAGGGCUAGAGACCUGCUUCAAAGGCCAGUACCUCCACAGCCAGGAAUACAGAGAUGUGGAGGCUUUCCGGGGAAAACGGGUCCUGGUGGUUGGCAUUGGCAACACGGGUGGAGACCUCUCUGUGGAGCUGAGCCGUGUGGCUGCCAAGGUGUUCCUCAGUGCCAGGAGCAGCACCUGGGUGGUCAGCAGGCUCUCAGACCAAGGCUUCCCCCUAGACAUGGUCAACACCACUCGCUUCAACCACUUCCUUGACUGGCUCCUCCCAGCAGCUCUCACAAAGAGGAUCAAGUUUCGGAGGUUCAAUUCAUGGUUUAACCAUGCAAACUAUGGCCUGGCUUCCACCAAAAGCUCCAACUUUAGCUUAAUCAUCAACGAAGAGCUGCCCUUUUGCCUUCUCUCUGGGGCCGUUGUGUUGAAGCCGAGCGUGAAGGAGUUCACCGAGAGCUCUGCUCUUUUUGAGGAUGGGACCACAGAAGAAAACAUUGAUGUGGUGCUCUUUGCCACAGGCUACAGCUUCUCCUUCCCCUUCCUUGAAGAGUCGGUUCGCAGCCUUUUCCAUGACAGCCAUUCCCUCUAUAAAUGCAUCUUCCCUCCCCAGCUGGAAAGGCCAACGCUGGCCAUCAUCGGCUUGAUCCGCCUGACGGGCUCUGUGAUGGUGGGAGCUGAAAUGCAGGCUCGUUGGGUGACAGGAGUUUUUGCAGGCUGGAACAAGCUCCCUCCUGCCAGCACGAUGAUAGCUGAUGUUUUGAAGAAGAAGCCACCAGUCAACAGGAAUCCUGCCCAGAGGGAGAGCCUGAAGCUAAGUUUUAUUGGCUACACGGAUGACAUUGCCUCGUGUGCUGGUGUGAAGCCCAGCUUGCUGAGGCUGCUCCUGACAGACCCUGGCCUGGCUCUGGCCAUCUUCUUUGGGCCCUGCACACCCUACCAGUACCGACUGGUGGGACGGGGCAAGUGGACUGGGGCCAGAGCUGCCAUCCUGACUCAGUGGCAGAGGACACUGAAGCCCUUGAGAACUCGGGUGGUGGAUGAUUCCUUCAGCAGCCCUUCCAGCUGGCACUGGAUGUGUCUCCUGGCCCUGCCAGCAGCUCUGGCACUGAGGUUCCUCCUGUCUAAAUACCCCCGGUGUGGCUGGAGCCCCUGGGCAGGUCCCCAGCUCUAGAAGAAACCUGGUGAGACCCAGUCCUGAGUGGGCUGUGUGAUGCUGUCAUUGCCCACGGAGCCAGAAAUAAAC